AUUUUAUGAAAUUCAAUUGCCACUAAUUAACUACUGGCAGCGCCUAAAUAUGUCACAUUUGUAUAAAAACGCCUCCGCCGCCGAGAAACAGCAUCAGUUGACACUUGCAGUUUCAGCGCAUCACAAGCUUCAGUCGCUUUCCAACCAACAAACUCCGAAAUGGCUUUCAAAUUCGCACUCACCUUCGCCGCCUUCCUCGCCGUUGCCAACGCCGGCGCCAUCCUCUCCCACGUCGCUGUGGCCCCUGUUGCCGUCGCCAAGAUAGCCAAUCCCUCCGUGGAUGCUGUGGCCACAACCCACCAAAAUGUCGUGCGCUCCUUCGCCGGCACUGGCUCCCAUCACUCCAAGGCUGUGGAUACUCCUUACUCCAGCGUACGCCAAUCGGACACACGCAUCAACAACAAAGUCUACACUCCAGCUAUCGCCAAGACUGUGACCACCUAUGCUGCUCCUGCUGUAGCUCCCGUCGUCGCCGCUGCUCCUUUGGUCAGCAAAACUAUUCUCUCGCCAGUCGCUAAGGUCGCCGCUCCGGUUGUGUACUCUCAUGCUGCUCCAGUUGCCACCUACGGUCAUGUCGCCGCUGCUCCUGUUGCCACUUAUGGUCAUGUUGCUGCCGCUCCAGUGGCUACUUACGGACAUGUCGCCGCUGCUCCAGCCAUUGCUUACUCGCCAGCUGCUGCUGUCGCUCAUGUCGCCUUCGAUGGUUUCGGCACACACUGGGGAUAUUAAGUAGUUGUUGUUGCACGUAAUUUGUUGAAUGUGUUAACUGUUCAUUUAUUAUUGUUAAUAAAACAAAUAACUUUGUUGUAAAAUAUAAA